AUAAAAAAAUGCAACCAGCUUUCUUGUAAUAUUUGUCAGCCUGUUCGUCUUCCAGAUAAUAUUUUUAAUUCACUAGAUUGGCUACCAGAUCCUAUUCCUUCUAAAAAUGAUUGGAACUAUAGUUGUGGAUCACCAUUUGUUCCAGAAAACCAUAUUCUAUACGAUGAAGUUUUUAUAAGAGAAAAAAUUAGUUGUGAAACACCAAUAGAAUUAGCAUAUUAUUCUUGUCGAAAAUUAAAUAUUAAUAGUAAUAUUUGUUAUUGGUGUGGAUAUAAUAAUGAAUUGGCAGAACCUCCAGAAAGUCUCAAAUCAAAAUACAAAUCUUUAUUUCCAUGCUGUAUAUUAUGUCAAAAUGCAGGAAAAGAAUUUUUUGUAUGUCAUGAAAUUAAAACUCAUAAAAAAGAUAGCUAA